AGAAUAAUCUCCGAGAGUUAUUGUUGUUUACAGCAUGCAAGUCACAGAAGCAACCUAGAAAGUUGUCAACUCCCCCAGGUGCAGACAACAUUAAAACUCCUGGGAACAACAUGGUCUUGCCACGUAACCCACACGUCAACCUCAAGUCCAACAGGAACAGACAGAGCACCUUCCACCUCCAACUGAACUAUGGGGCUAUGAAGAAUCAGCCCAAGAAGAGGAGGAGGAGGAGAAGAAAGAGUACUGAAGGGUGGCCAUGGAAGCUCUGAGGAAGGUGGUGAACACGAAAUGGGCGGCAACAGCGGCGAGCAUAUGGAUCCAGACUACGAGUGGGAACCUCUACACAUUCUCCAUCUAUUCUCAGGCCCUCAAGUCGACGCAGGGCUACUCGCAGUCGACCCUCGACACCAUCUCGGUCUCCAAAGACGUCGGUGCCAACUGCGGCAUCCUCUCCGGCGUCCUCUACUCAGCUGCAGUCUCCACGGGUGGCCGCUGGAUGAGGCGAUUCAGCGGGCCAUGGGUCGUCCACCUCGCGGGGGCAGCCCAGAGCUUUGCAGGGUAUUUCCUCAUCUGGGCCUCCGUCGUUGGCCUCAUCCCGAGGCCGCCGGUUGUGGUCAUGUGCCUGUUCAUGUUCGUCGCGGCACACGCGCAGAGCUUCUUCAACACGGCGGAUGUGGUCACAGCUGUUCGGAACUUCCCUGGGUAUAGCGGAACUGCCGUUGGGAUCAUGAAGGGAUAUAUCGGCCUAAGCGGGGCAAUACUAAUUCAGGCAUACCGGACGAUAUUUAACAAUAAGCCCACAGCGUUCCUCCUCAUGCUCGCCCUCUUGCCGACCAUCAACUCGAUGCUCCUCAUGUGGUUUGUAAGAGUACACGAAUCGGCAGAGGGAGACGACCUGAAGCGGCUCAACACGUUCUCGGCCAUAUCCAUGAUCAUUGCAGCUUAUCUCAUGGUGAUAAUUGUCCUGGAAGAGGUCCUAAGCCUUCAUUUCAUACUACGGACAAUCGCCUUCUUUUUGUUGCUGCUGCUACUUGCUUCCCCUCUUUAUGUCGCCAUUAAGGCCGCAGGAGGAGAAGAUCCUCGACAACAGAAGUUAGCAGGAGAACAUAGCGACGUAAGUGGUUUGGAGUAUCAUAUAGUGCCUGGUGAUGGAGAUCAAGAAGAUAGUGCCCAGGAAAAAGCUGUGUUGGGCAGUGGAGAAGAUCGAGAUUUGCUGCAAGCGGUUAGAACGGUUGACUUCUGGCUCUUGUUUCUCGCGAUGGCAUGUGGGAUGGGAUCUGGGCUUGCCACUGUAAACAAUUUGAGCCAAAUAGGCAGGUCCCUCGGGUAUAAGAGCUACGAGAUCAGCACCAUGAUCUCCCUGUGGAGCAUAUGGAACUUCCUGGGCCGAUUCGGAGCAGGGUACGUGUCGGACAUCCUUCUGCGAGCCCAGGGUUGGGCCCGCCCACUUUUCAUGGCUCUAACUUUACUGGCAUUGAGCAUUGGCCACCUUGUGAUCAGUUCUGGUCUGCGUGGUUCCUUGUACGGCGGUACAGUGGUGGUUGGGAUAGCCUAUGGCUCACAGUGGUCCCUUAUGCCGACAAUAUCGUCGGAGAUAUUUGGCGUAGAACAUAUGGGAACAAUAUUCAAUACAAUCACGAUGGCAAAUCCCGUUGGCUCGUAUCUCUUCUCCGUGAGGGUGAUAGGAUACAUUUACGACCGAGAAGCAUCAGGAGAAGGGUUUAAGUGCAAAGGAACACACUGCUUUAGUUUGUCUUUCAUUAUCAUGGCCUCUGCUACCCUCGUCGGGUCGCUUGCUGCACUAUGGCUGUUCUUCAGGACUCGAGAUUUCUACAAUCAGGUCAUCCGCCGGAGACUACAAGGAUGACAUUAUGAGAGUCUCCUCUCUCUCUCGAUUUCUCUCAAUUUGUAGGUAAAAUAACAGUUCGUCAACGAUAUAGCCAUUUGAAAACAUUUCGAUGUGAAAUGAGAGUUCACUGCCCUGUAUAUUUUCUGAGGUCA